AUGAAUCCUACUACAAACAAAAUGUUUUCCUUUCUAUUUAUAUUUUUCUCUCUCUGGUCUUUCUCAUCCCAGAAUGAAGACGACUACAACGAUGUCUUCUACCUAGAUUUUGACAAUGUAAUAGAAAUUCCUCCAACAGAAGAAACCGUUUCCUGCGAUUGUCAACGAGAACACACGGAAUGGGACAAGCUGUUCAUUAUGCUUGAGAACUCGCAGAUGAGAGAGAGCAUGCUGCUCCACUCCCUGGAUGAAAUCCUUAAGGUGGAGUUGCAGAAACUGAGAGGUGAAAUGCUCCAGUUUGUGGAAAACAUUUCUAGCCUUUGCAUCGCGUCCACUGAGCAAGCCACCUCCCAGAUUUCAAACCAAGUGGACCGGAUGCUGGCGAGGAAGAAUGAAGAAGCUGAGGACCUCUCUGGGAUGCUCCAUGAAUCAGAGCAAGGCAAAGUCCUCCAAGAAAUUCUACAGCUGAGUCGAAACGUGUCCAACCGACUCAGCAAUCUGGAGCGUGCUUGGCAGAGGAAAACAGAGCUGGAUAUUCAGCAGAGGGGCUUGACCGAGAAAGACUACAUGACAAGAGGAGACAAUUUCAUUCUGAACUCACUCUGGCAAAAACUGCAGGAAACAAAAGCUGAACUGAAAGAAUCCCACAAAAAGAAAACACAGAGGUUGCUGCCAAUUGGUUGUGAGACAGCUCUUUUAUUCCCAAUGCGUUCCAAAAAGAUCUUUGCGAGUGUUCAUCCAACAGUUGGAAUGAUGCUCUCUUCCUUUACUGCCUGCAUGUGGGUCAAAGUGACUGAAAUGCUCGACAAAACUAUUGUUUUCUCAUAUGGAACCAAAAUAAAUCCCUAUGAGAUCCAGCUUUAUCUUAGCUAUGAUUCCGCAGUUCUGGCUGUGAGUAGCGACUUGAACAAGAUAGCUGCCCAAAAUGUCAUUUCCUCUGGACAGUGGACUCACUUUUGUGGCAUUUGGAAUUCAGUUAACGGUAAUGCAUCAUUGUGGGCAAAUGGAAAGCUGGUCAAGGCCUCCUCAGAUAUAGCCAAGGAACACAUCAUUCCAGACGGUGGAAUUCUGCAGAUUGGCCAAGAAAAGAACGGCUGCUGUGUUGGAGGUGGUUUCAAUGAAUCUUUAGCUUUCUCUGGAAAAAUAACUGGCUUUAAUAUUUGGAACAGGGUCCUAAGCGAAAAAGAGAUAUCAAGGCAGAGUGAAGAAGAAACAUGCAACAUCCGUGGUGACGUAGUUGGUUGGGGGGUUACAGAGAUUCUGCCUCAUGGAGGAGCUCAGUAUGUUUUCAGUUUCUGAACAAAUG